UCAGAUCACAAAGCGUGGGGGCUACACAGGAGCGGUAAUCGAGGAAAUUCGGUAGUGACGUAUAUAAAAUGUCAUGUGCGCACAUCACAACUACCGCAAUUUCCCCUUUCUUCCAGUCGACCUAAUUUUACUUUUAACUUGAAUCAAAAACUAGUAUGUCUGAUCAAAUUAUGUUUGUUGUGUUCACCGGUAGAUGUCGCUCGUGCCUCUUGGUGAUUUAUGAGUCUUGAUACGGAGACCAUUUUGAUUACUUUCCGCUUGUAUAGCAUUAAAUGAACAAUUGGCGUGUUUUAUAUCGUCACUCGUCUGCAUGUGGAGUUGUGAAAGGUCGGUUGUGUCGUAUGCUUUUACAAAUGGCAGCUGAAUGGUGUAGUUCACGCUCCGCCUCACUAGAUGGCGGUCGCGUUACUGUUGCUGGCACAACAGAACGGAAGUAGUUUGUCGAGGCGCGCUCGAGAUUGCUUUUAAAUUGCUGAUCGCACUGCCACUUUUUUAACGAAGUAUUGCAACAACGUAUGUGCGCUUCAUAUUGUCUGUUCAUUGUUUUCGUUGUUGUAUAAGACGUUUGUCAUGGGGUUGUAUGGAAUAGUUUACUGUCGUUUACUAUUGGACCGACGGGAACCACGUGACUAUGUCAUAUUAAGGAGAGAAAUAAAUAUUAUUUCGACUAAUUAACUGACAGAAUAUACUCACAGCAUGAUAUAUCAAAAUAAACCAUAAUGAAGUAUUAGCGUCGCUAAGAUGUACAAAAUUGUACAUGAUUGGAUUUUUCCCCAAAUUCCAAACCCGUCUGAAUGCAUUGUAAGUGAUAUUAUUUUUGGGAAUAGAAAGAGGCAAAAAAUGUAUGAAGAUUUUAAAUGUAAUCAUUAUUUGGGGUACAUUUUCCAUUCACAAAUGUUGUUAACAAAACCAGCCUUAAAAACGUUUGUCCCCUUAAAUUCAUGGACAAAAAACAAGCAGUGGACUUACUUCACACAAUUCAUAUUUUGAACCUAACUUUGCCUUAUUAAUUCAUUUAUGUGUAUUAUUAGUUUUUUUAUGUAUGAAUAAUUUCUGUGAGACCAAGUUUGUGUGUAUGUAUGUUGUGUUUGUUGCAAUUAAAAACAACAAGCGGUAUAGAAAAUGAAUGAAUGAAUGAACAACAACACUGCCUCUCGAACGAUGGCGCUAUUGCGCCUAAGUGCAAGUUGUCGAAUAAGAAGAAAAGCAAACGAAGAAGAAAACUCACCAAUAAGAUGCUGAGCUUUGCAACGGUACUGGAAAGUAGAUUUGGGCGCCAAUAGUUUGUAUUUGAGUUCUUGUAUUCGUGUAUUUGUGCUGAAAGUACGAGGAUAAAAUGUCGGAAAACACUUUUCCUGUUCACACGGCUGAUGCCAUAGUAAGCUUUUAUCGAUCAGAGGUGCUUACUGGGCAAGAGGCGAAACAUUUCAGCAAGUCCGACUUGACUCCUUCUCCCAAGCCAGAAGUGAUUCAAAUGCUCUACAUGAGAGUGCUGCAUCUGUUGUAUCGUUUCAGACCUGAAUGCCACUCCAUGGUUCCACUCGUGGAAAACAUCCAGUUCCCAAUGUACCAUGAGGUGACAACUGCUAUCAUGAGCAUCUACAUACGCAUGCAACAGUUUCUGCCGAUGUGUUUCGUGUAUGACUUUUCACUGAAUGACCUUCUCGCACCAAAGAAACAGAAACAGCUUACUAUUUUAAGUGCCAUCAUGAACUUUCUGCAGUUCAGAAAGAUGAGACUGAAUAUGACGCAGGAGAAGCACGACAAGUUUAGGGCAGAUGUGGACAGGAUGCAAGCAUAUGCAAAAGAAAACCAAGAAGCAGAAACAAAAAUAGAGAUGCUGACGACCAUCCCUCCUGAGCAGAAGGCUGAGGCCGACGAGCUGGCAGCUGCCUUCUCGGAGCUGCAAGCCACCACAAUGCAUGAAUACCAGGAAGUGAAUACAAAGAAGGAUAGCAUCACAGAGUGGAAAAGCAUCAAUGCAGAAAAAACCUAUAAACUGGCCCAGAUGAAGACGGAUGUUUGCAACCUGAAGGAUGACAUAGCCAAGUGUAAGUCUCAAAUUGUCGAAUCACCAGAGGAGCUGAAGAGCCAAAUGGAGAUCAUGAGGACAAACGUCAAGAACAUUAAGAGCUCCAUCGAACAAACCGAUGAGUGUGUCGUGGAGCUGCAAAACAUGGUGCAGAGAGUGGGCUACACCGAUGUGGAGAUCCAGCAAAUGCAUAAUCUGCUGCAGGACCUGGAAAGCAGCAUGAACAACAGCAAGCAGUGGCAGGAGGAGAUAUCCAGCCUGAUGCAGCUUGAGGAGAAAAGGCAGAAGGAGAGGAAGAACCUGUGCAACGAGGAAGCACAGCUGGGGCGAUCUUUAAGGAUGAAGCUGGACAAGGAGUCCAAGCAGAGCAUUCGUAGGCAGAAGAAGAGGGAGAUCAAGGAGCAACAUGUUGAAGAUGUGUUGGGACAGUGUAACCAAAUCCAUCACAAACGGGAGAAGAUGGCAGACAAAAUCCAAGAGAUCUCCAGAGAGACACAGCAGCUGAAAGUGAAGAUCCACAGCCUGAGGGAAGUAUGCAGUAAAGACACCCAGAAAGCUCAGGCGAUGUAUGACACCCUCUGUGCUGCAAUGGAAAAACUACACGGGAGAAUCGAGAAGCACUGUGUUGAUCUUAAACAAGAUCUCACCAAGAUGUCCAGCAGCUUCUGAUUUCUUUUUUUUUUUUUUUUUUUUACUUACUGUUAGUUCAUUCUUGUGCUCUUACUUUAGUCUUCAUUCCAAAAUAAAGUGUAUGUUAGCAUG